UUGUCAUUGAAGGUUUUUGGUCGGCCCACAGAAUUGGGCAUCCACCUCAUGCGUGUUGGUCGUUCAGAGUGUCUUUCCAAGUGAUGACGGCAGAAUUGACCGAGCCCGAGUUUGUUUGCACGGAACACUUUGGACAAGCCCCAUUUCUCUCUGAUUUGAAGAAGGCAAUACGGGACGACAAUGUUUCGCUUCCGGUUUCAAGCGCUUGCCAGAUCUCGCACCGCCGUCGCCACUCGCCAAUCCAUUCACUUGUGGCAACGCUCUACGUUAGCAAAGUGCCACCGACACAGGAUUAACAUCAGUUCGUGCCGUGCAUUGCGCAUGCCCAUCCGAACUGAAGUUGAUUUCGGAAAGGAUCACUGGUGCCAUCGCCUGAAAAGUUCGGCCCUGGGUGUACUUCGCGCCCUAGAUCGUUGAUUCAUCAGUUGCAAUGAUUGCAGUUCAUGUGUUACAACCGUACAGCCAUCACUCUGUUGGGGAUCAUCACGGUGACCUCUCUUCGGCAGAAGACGCUCCCGGGACUCGAUACCAUUGUAAGCAAAUAUGAUUUGGUGGUGCCAGACGUCGACGUUAUCGGGGAAGAAGCACCUUGCGUCUGUUCAAUUUCACUCUGCGUUCGAUCAGAGAAUUUCGUAUUGGUACUGCGAUUACAUCUGAUCUGGGUUCAAUCACUUCACAUAAUUAAGGGACACGUCAUCAUUUGGUGCGUAGAAUCACGCCCUUGCCUAUUCUUAUUAAUCUUUCAGAUAAUUCAUGGUAUCAUCUGAGUCUCGCAUCUAAAUAUCAUCAUUGCUCAUGCCUGAUUUGAUUCCAGUUUGUUCCGAUAUGGGGCCACCUCCCCGGCCGGUUCAGUCACCGUUCGCGGUAUCCUACUUCCUCUCGGCCGGAAAGCGUUUUAGUCUCGGUAUUCAAAUCGCAGUUCAAUGGACAAAUCAGUCAUUGAACUCGCCUCCGUGAGGCUUCAUAUCUAGGCUAAUUAGAAGUCGGGUAAACAUAUGGUGAUGUAUCAUGGCACAUCACUCCAACAUCAG